AAGACAGAGAGAGUGUUGGACUGGUAUUGGUAAUUUUCUAUAUAAUUAGAGCUUUGCCUUAUUUUAUGGUCUGAAAAUGGCGUUGGGAUUCCAAUUUGGUGGGCUCCCUUCUCACUAUCCAACAAUUUUCCCUUCCUCCCCAUAUCAUCCUUCCCCUCGUCGUCUGACACACGAAGCCACGGUCCCAUUUCACGUCAACCCCCCAAUGAGUUCUCUCCAUAAGACCAACUUUCUUUGAACCCCUCUCCUCCUCCUUCUUCUUCUUCUUCUUCCUCUUCCCUUCAUGCACAGAAAGAUUUUGAAUUUUCAAUUUGAAGAAACGAUACCCAUUUCACCAAAUUGCUUUCAAUGGGAUACCUUUCUUCUUGUAAGGCAGGAUCAGCUGUUGCCAUCUCUAACCCAACUUCUCAAAUUACUUCCAAAACUUCCCAAAACAAACAAGAAAAACCCAUCAAGAUCCAGCAGUUUCAUUACAGUGAUCUUGAGGCAGCUACCAAUGGUUUUUCUGAACAGAAACUUCUAGGUAAAGGCAGCCAUGGUUGUGUUUACAAGGCUGUUAUUCGUGGCCGCCACGUUGCUAUCAAGAAACCCUCAAAAGGUCUUGAACUUGGUCAGGAAGUGGAAAAUGAAAUCGAGAUCUUGUCCAAAAUUCACAGCCCAAGAUUGGUAAACUUAUUAGGCUUUGCAAAUGAUAGUAAAGAUAGAUUGCUUGUUGUUGAAUUCAUGAGCAAUGGCACUCUGUAUGAUAUUCUUCAUUCAAAUUCAAGACCACCUAAUUGGGGUCGAAGAAUUCGAAUGGCUUUGCAAAUUGCUAAGGCUAUUGACAUUUUGCACUCACAAAACCCACCUAUAAUCCAUCGAGAUAUAAAGUCUGCAAAUGUUUUGAUUGAUAGGAAUUUCAAUGCAAGAUUGGGUGAUUUUGGGUUAGCACUAAGGUGUGGUAUUGAUGACAAUUAUAGACUUAAAUCAACUCCACCUGCUGGCACCAUUGGUUAUCUUGAUCCAGGUUAUGUUACUCCAGAUAAUUUGAGUACUAAAACUGAUGUUUUUAGUUUUGGGAUUUUGUUGUUGGAGAUUAUUAGUGGAAGGAAGGCUAUUGAUGUUGGGCAUUCACCUCCUUCUAUUGUGGAUUGGGCAAUUCCACUUGUAAAGAAGGGGAAGCUUGGUGCUAUUUAUGAUCCAAGAAUUGCCUCUCCUAAGGAUCCUAUGACUAGGAAGCAGCUGGCUUUGAUUGCUGCUAAGUGUGUGAGGUCUUGUAGGGAAAGGAGGCCAGCAAUGAAGGAGGUUGUUUGUUGGCUAACUGCUUUGAGUAAGUUGGUUCCCCUUCAUUCAUGGAAUGGAUUCAACAAUCCAUGUAUGAUGGUGGAGACAAUGGGGCGUCCAAUUGAAUUGAGAAAUAACCUGUUUGGUCUAAGACCAGAGGGUGUUGGAGAAGAGAAUUUGGAUGUUACAGAUGGUAAACUUGGUGUGCAAUCAGUGAAAGAUUCAAGGAGAGUGUAUUCAGAUUUGGGAUUUCGCAGCAAUUUGAUGGAACUUAUGGCUGGAACAGGGAGACAGUCUGGUUUUCUUGGAGAGAUUGAUGGGGUUGAUUCUACUUUCAAGUCUGCGAAUCGAGUUUCUAGCUCUAGAUUUGGCAGUGCAAGAUAUGGUAUGAAAGGAAGAGCUCAAUCCACGGCUGGUGAUGAUGACAGAGGUCUGUUUCAGAUCAGAAGAAACCAACCUGCUGGGGAUGGUUCAGAACUAUUCUCAAACCACGACUACCCAGUUGCUCGUUCGAGUUGUAGUGCUCAAGGAUGUAAUGACAUCUAGCACAUAGUAAAAAUAUGGUCGAAGCGACUCAAGGGCAGAGCAAGGCUCAGGCUUGUAGGCUUCUAUUUCUUUGUGAAUUCACUGAUACAGAUUUGUGUUCAUUGAUUUAUGAGUUCCCAAUUAAUCAGCAGUGAAAUGUGAAUGUGUUGUUUGAUUCAAACAUAUGUGUAGAUCAAGGCACAUUGCUGAUGUCCCUAGCAUAGGUUGUUUAUCCUUAUCAUUUAUUACAUCUUUGGUAUGCAAAAGCUGAUGUCUGAUACAUAAUUGCUCUUUGAUAAAUGCAGUAAUCUGAUUUUCAAUUCUUCAA